AUGCCGUCCGUCUCUCUCCUCCGCAUCGCCGCUCGCGGCUCGGCGAGCUUUUCCCGCGCCGCCUCCGCCCCCGUGCGGUCCCUGAUGGUCCGACCCGCCGCCCUCGCCGCCGUGCGGUCAGCAAACUUCAGCACCUCGGUCCCCCGACGAUCCGCCGGCGAGCAUGCCGAGGAGACCUUUGAGGAGUUCUCUGCCAGGUUCGAGAAGGAGUUUGACGGCGUUCAGGACGUCUUCGAGCUCCAGCGCAACCUGAACAACGCUUUCGCCUACGAUCUUGUCCCCUCCACCACCGUCGUCGCUGCAGCCCUCAAGGCCGCGAGGCGGGUCAAUGACUUUGCCACCGCCGUCCGCAUUUUUGAGGGUAUCAAAGCCAAGGUCGAGAACAAGGGCCAGUACGAACAAUAUCUCGAGGAGCUGAAGCCUCUGCGGGAAGAGCUCGGCGUUCCUCUGAAGGAGGACCUGUACCCCGAGGGGAAGUAA